AUGAAUGGUGCGGACCCCGGCAGCUCUUCUUCCGCGACCCCAGACACAAACACAAACACGGGUGGUGGGGUAGUCGAUGGCGAGGGCGACACAACCGAAGGCACGCCCGGGAGCAACGAGCAGCAAGACUCGAACGUUGUAGGCCCUGCCGGAGGCAGCACUGGAGGCGUGCCCUUACUCAGCCCGAAAUCAGUUUACAGCAACGACGGGAAGGUAGCGGAAGUGGAUGCCGCCGUCCCGACCGCGGUAGAUAAUUUCUCGGUGCCGGCUGGUUUCGUGAGAAAGGGCUCCCGCGUCGACUCGUUUAUGUACUCGCUCGGAGUCUACGUAGAGAAGAGCGGAAGCACGAACCACACGUACUUCUGCCUGGCAAGCUCAAAGUGCCGCAGCAACAAGAAGAUCAUCCCAUGCCCAAAGGGAGACCGCAGCAACGUCAACACGCAUCUCAAGAGACAGCACAAGAUGCAGGGGACGGAAGGAGUGAAGAAGAGAAACACCAAAAAGGAGACGCAAACAAGCAUCCAGUCGGCCUUGGCUGCGAGCACCAACUCGGGCCUCGGCAAAAACAGGUGUGCUUCGAGGUCUCCGCCGACACACCGUACCCGCCGCUUCCUAGCAAGCGCAUCAAAGCACCUCCUGGUGGAGAUGUAUGUCGCCACCAAGAAGGCUGUGGUGGGGAACAUGCUGACGGAGAUCGAGAGAGCACCGCUGCCCAUCGUGCACUACGGGAUCGACCUGUGGCAGUGCAAGAUUACUGGGCUGAAGUACAUUGAUGUCCACGUGUGCUACGUCAACAGCAACCUCGAACUGCAACACGAGCUCCUUGCUGUGAAGCACUACGCCCCUUCAGCUGCCGUUCAGGCAACGGGCAAGGCCAGCGAAAUCCUCUUCAACGUCUUCAACUCCGUGCUGCGCGAGUUCGGCGUCAAGAUCUCGGACCUCGCUGGUGGAACGACGGACUCGGGUUCCGACGUCAAGGCAAUGUGCGUCAACUUCCUGCUGGCGCAGCACAAGGGGUCCUGGGACUGGUGCGUCUGCCACCUGGCGGACAGGGCUGCCGAGCAGGCCUUCGGCACCUCGGCGGACCCCCAAAAGCCGAAAAACAAGGAUGCGCGCGGGGUUGUACAACUGGUCAUCAAGGCCGCAGCCAAGGUCAACCAGUCGCCCAUCUUCAAGCAGAAGUUCGACGAGGCCCAGUUGCAGAUGACGGGCGAGGUCUUGAAGAUCCGGAAGCACGCGCCUCAGCGAUGGCUGAGCCUCGUCCGCGUUAUGGAGCGCAUCAUUCGCUUGUGGCAUGUCUUGAGGAAGGUCUACGCCAAUGAUGGCGUAGAGUUCCCCCUGGACAAGGGCGACAACAAAGACAACAUCCUCCAACUCUACUCGCUGCUCCGGCCUCUUGCCGCCAUUACGCGGGACGGGCAGUACGGCGCCGUCCCGAUGUCGGCAGAGAUGCACAUGGCGUUCGCCGAACUCAAGCAGGAGGGGCUCGACCCCACAGGGCCGCUGAAGGUGUUCGACAUUCCCCCGACCCCGGAUUCUCCAGCAGCGCUGCAGUCGGACGAGGAGCUCCCGGUGACGGUGAACACUGGCAAGAAACCGCUGCCGCACAAGACGGUGGAGCCGGCUGCCUUGCGUCCAGUUGCCACCAAGACUCGGGAGUUGCUCGGCAAAGCCCUUGUGGAGAAGUUGUACGCAAGACUGUGGGACGAGGAGAGCGCUGACCCUUCUCCCUUUCGCAACGCCUCCGUGCUGCUCACUCCGUCAUACAAGGACUCCAAAUUUCUCGAUGGGCACGCCUUGACGGCAGGCGAUGCGCAGCACCUUGGCGAAGGCAGAGCUCACUUGGCUCCUACCCUCGACGACGACGUGCAGAGUAAACUGGACGCUUCCUGGGCGGACAUCAGGAAAAGGGCGUCGGAUGCUGCGCGAAAGGAACACUCGAAAGCUGCGACCGGACAAGACGGCCAACCGCCUCUGAAGCGCUUCUGCUCGCCGAGCGGGGCACCCAAGCCUAGGUUUGCUUCCCUGGCGCGCCACAGGGCCCGCCACGAAUCUGCAGACGGAAGUGACGGCGACAGCGAGAUAAACGUGCUCAUGCAGCAGAUGUCCCAGGAAAUCGAGCGCUAUCACUCGCUGUACAUCACGGCAGAAGAGGUCGCAAGACUUUCCCGUACCUGGCACAUUCCCGGGUUCAAGGACAUUCCCAUGAUUGCCGCGAGGGAUAUUCACACAUGUCUGCCACCACGGUUCAACGGGGGGGAUGCUGACCUGACGGCCGCUGAGGCCGCCUUCGACGUGAUUAAAAACACCGAAACCGGGGACGUCGGCCUGUGA